AUGGCGAUAAGGCUCUUGGAGAUUCGCCUUCCUCCCAGCCCAGCAGCCCUGUCCUCCUCCGCAUGCUGUCCUCCACGCACCCUGGACGUCCCUGAUGAGACCACCGCCCCCCCGGCUGCUGCUCUCUCUUCCCUCUCCUCCCUCUCACUGCUCUCUCCUCUCUCCUCCUCUUUCUCCUCUUCUUCCUUAUCUUCCCUCUCCUCCCUCUCCUCUGCCUCCUGUGACACGCCAUUGACACCUUGGCAUCAGGGCUGUGCCGCAGACAAGGCUGUGCCUGCCUUUGCCAUGGAGCUAUGUAGUGGCGGCGGCGCCGGCAGUGGUGGUUAUGGGGCUGGCGCUGCUGCUGUUGGUGGUGUUGAGGGUGGAUGCAGCAGCGAGGCGACUGGAGGAGGGGGGGACCACCUGAGUUCUCACAGCCACACCGAAAGCACCACAGCAGCAGCACCUGCCGACACUUGCGAGUCCGUCCUGGGCCUCGCCCCUUCGGACUUCCCAAUCCCAACCUCGACCAUCCAGUGCCUCAGCUCCAGCCCCAUGGUGGUGGAGCAGCAUCAGCAACAGCAGCAGCAGAUCCUGUCCGACCAGCUCCUCAGCAGCAGCUCUGUCAGCGCAUCAAUGGCCGAAGUGGAAGUAGUGGCCGCCCGGGAGGAAGUCACAGUGCACGGGGGGGUGCGAAACGGAAGGGGCGGCGAGCUGGAUGGGGAUUCUGCUGAUGCUGAUGCUGAUGCUGCAGCUGUUGCCGUUGCCGUGACAGGGGAGGAUAGCAUCAUGUACGAGGGCCUGGUGGUGGGGGGUGAGGGGGUGGAGGAGGGGGAGGAGGCGCAGGACCAGGACCAGGACUGGAGCUGCCUGGAGUCCCUCAUCAGCGAGAGCCGCAUGGAGCUGCUGGACCUCUGCUCCCGCAGCGAGCUGGCCGUCAACCUCUUCUGCGAGGAGGACGUGGAGAAUUACAUGUUCCAGGAGGAGGACGUCGUCCCCACCGUCACGGCCGCCGCCGCAGCUGCCUGUCUCGCCGGGGACGUCUGCUCGCUCAAGAUCCGUUACGAGCCCUUCCCUGACGGGGUGGAGCGGAAUGGGCAAGAGGCGGUGCAGCAGCACCUUGACUUCUUCCCGACAGGACGUCUGAACGAAAAGCCCGAAUCGUGGGGCACAGAGGACAUGGAACAAGGAGGGACGGAGGACGUUAGUACCAACACCAUCCUCUCGACCGCUACGCCUCCGCUCAUAAGCCCUGCCAGCCAAUCCCUGUUCGACUUCAGCAGCUCGCCGGGCGACUCGGUGGAGUUCAGCGACGACGACAACAGCUCGUGCACGGGGUCGUCGCCGGACACGUGGCUGACGGGAGGGCGGCGGGGGGCGGGGCAUGGCGAGGGGCACGGCGGCCAUCUCUCCCGGGAGAACUCCAGCUCCUCCAGCAGCCAGCUGAGCUACCGGCUCCGCGCCAAACGGAAGGUGGCCUUCCGCGAGGACUACCUCUACGACGUGGACUCCAUCGAGGAACAACGCGAGAAGAACGCGAAGGUGAAAGUCGGGCAAAAGGGGGAGAAGGACGACGACUGGUGCCCCAAGAAGAAGCAACGCAAGUCCCACAGCCGCAAGGACCCGCCCGUCGUCAUCAAGUACAUCAUCAUCAACCGCUUCAAAGGCGUCAAGCACAUGACUGUGAAGCUCGGCAGAGUUGACGUUGACGGCGCCAGCUCCGUCUGCCUGAGUGAGGGGUCCCUGACCCAGUACGAGAAACUCGCACCGCUGAAGGCCUUCUGGGAGAGCCACGCAGAGGAGCAGAUGGGGGCGCUCGGUGGCACGACGACGGAGACGAAGCACCUCAACGGCUGCAAGGUCUCCCCGGGCUCCGCUCUGAAGAAACGCAGACAAAGGAUAACCAAGCGCCUGAGGAUACAGCGGAUCCACACGGUGGAAAAACCUCCCACCGCAGACAACAACAACAACAACAGCAAUGCACAGGAAGUAGUGUCAGCAUGUCAGGUGGUUGCGUCCAAACCAGAAACGUCCACAGAUAGCAUGACAGCAGCUAGUGAGGCAGGGACUCUCCUGUCCGAUCGCCCAGUGGGUCAGGGGGGGCCGCGAAGAAGGGCAAUGAAGCAAGAGAGCGAGGAUGGCAAGCCCAUUCGAGUGAGAAAGUUCAGAAGCGAGGCCCGUCUGAGGGCUAGCAAACUGGCAGAGGCACAGGCCAGACUCAGCAUGGGGGAAGAAACCGCAGCCAAGGAGGAGGAAGAACUAGGAGGUGUCUGUGGCAUGCCGUGUGGUUCUAGCACAAGCAGCAGCAGCCCCCAAGCAGCCUCAAAUGGGAUCACCAGCAGCAGCAGCAACGGAGCACCAGACAAAUGCACUUUCACCUUGAACCCCCAAGGGGGCGCCGCCUCUGCUUCUGCUUCUGCUUCUGCCAACGUGGCCCCCCUCCCUGGGGGCUACCUCCAAACCCUGCUGGAGGCAACUGACUCUUCGGGCACUGCCUGCACAUCGUAUUUCCCCUUGGCACAGCAGCAGCAGCCACAACAGACGCAGCUGCAGCCGCAACAGACCCAGACGUUUCUUCUCGGGGUGCCUCCCUUUCUUCCCCCACAAAGCUGCGUCCUCUCUCCCCCCUCUGAGUCCGAGCUGCCACAGUCCCCCAACAGCUACUCUGCAGAAAAUAAGCAAGCCCAAGCGUACACCGCUGACAUCACCACCACCACCACCACUGCCGCCGCUGCCCAUCACACAGACAUCAGCUACGCCGCUGUGUGGCCGUCCCAGCCUGGGGAGACUGCAGCACAGCUCCCUUUCCCAGCUGCUACCAUCCCCUCUCAUCAGUCUCCUCUCAUGCUGCCCUCUGCCUUCCCCAAGCAGCAGCAGACACUGAUGAUCGCCGACCAGAAAGCCACUGCGACCGUGUGUUACCAUGCCAUGCCACCAGGCGGCGACACACCGAGCGAGGAGUCCCUGGACACCGAGCAUCAUCAGCAUCAGCAUCAGCACCACCAUCAGCAGCAGCUGCUUGACCUUGACUACCGGCUGAGCCCUGGCGGAGUACAAUGUCAAGGUCAUCGUCAAGGCGACGGCGGCGAAGGGGACGGUGUGGGGCGACUGGUCAGUUUCGACUCCCUCGGCUCCCUCUCGGUGGCCUCCAGCAACUACAGCUCCAUGAGCCUGCACGGCGAGGGGACCGAAGGAGGCGGCGGCGGCGGCGAGGGAGGCGAUGGGGGGGAGGAAGGGGAGAUGAGCGACAACUUCCUGUCACACUGCAGUCCGCAGCUGGUGCUGCAGCAGAGCCUGGAGGAAGUCACGCCGCUGCGCGAGUCCUCCGCCGACCUCCUGGACAUCUCCAACUUCACGCCCGACAAGUUCCGUCACACCUCCUCCGCCUCGCUGCUCUCCCUGUCCGACAUGUCUCCUCCGGACACUCCCAGCCCGUCACCUCAUCGGCUCAUCCGGCAGGGUGGAGGCGGCGGUGGCUUCGCCUCCGAGGCGGCGGGAGGAGGCUGCGAGGCGGGGGGAGGGCACUGGGAGUGCGGGGUGAUCAGCUCGGAGGUGGAGGACGCCAACGGCGGCUCGAGACACACUCACCUGCUCCAGAUACAUUCUUUCGGGCCGGACGAGGAUGAGGACGACAACAGCAAGGACGAGGACUUCUGCCUCAAAGGUCAUAAAGGCCUGAAACGAAAAGGCGGCGCCAAAUCGGGGCCCAAAAAGACGAAAUCUGCCAAAGCGGCCAAGCAGGGCGAGCAGCAUCAGCAACAGGGCGCCAAGUCCUCCAGGCAGGAGUCCAAGUCCGUGCGGAAGAUCAAGGCCAUACUGGAGGGCAAGACCAACAAGGGAGGAGGAGGAGGAGGAGGAGCCAUGGGUUCCCAGAGUCCCUCUGCCGCUAUGGUAGGAGGCCUGGUAGCUGGGGACUGGCCCGGUUUGGGAGGCCUGUCCGACGAUGACCAGCAGGAGUUCAAGGAGCCGUCCAACAUCCUGUCCAACAUCGUCUCCGGCAUGGCGGAGGUGCAGCGCUUCAUGCAGGCAUCUGUGGAGCCGCUGUGGGGCCCGGCGGCGUCGUCCUGCUGCCCCCUCCCUGGAGAGCAGCAGGCCCUGCAGAGCCAGACGCUGAGGAUUCUGGGAGGGCCGUUCGAACCCGCCGUGGGCAAGAAGCGGGGAGGUGCCAACAGCGGGGGUGCGGGGCGCGGGAAGAAAGGAGCAGGAGCAGCGGGGGCUGGGGCGAAAAACCCACCUAAACUCAUCCCGGCCGACUUCUUCCCGGCACUCGGCCUGGACUGUUUCCCCGUCCCACACCGGCCCGCGCACAAGAAGAUGUACCGCCACAAGAGCAGUGCCAAAUUCGCUCGAGAGGGGCUGGCUCUCGGCAAAGGGAACGCAAAAGUUUCAGCUCUGACCGCAACACUUGAGAAACAGAGGUAAC